AUGUUCAUUAUUGGACAACUUCUUAUUUAUGCAUCGGUAAAAAGCCUAUCUGUUGGGCGUGUAACUGGGGCACGCUUUACUAGUCUUAAUCGAUUGAAUGUAGGUUCUAUGUGGUUAUCUACUUUUAAUUCUUGGUAUGAAUGCAUGUGUUCAGUUAUAUCUAUGAAUUUAUCAUCUACUGCACUUGCUUUAAAUAUGUAUCAAAAUGGUUCAUGUCAAUUGUUUGUUUCAUUACCAUUGACAUAUACAAUGGAAACGAAUCAAAAUUCAACUUUGAUUUUACUACAAGAAUUACCACCGAAAAAUCUUGCUCCUUGUUGUUCGAAUAUAUCUUGGUUAAUCGGAAAAAUGAAUUCCUCUCAACAAGCAUCGGGGAAUAUUAGUAAACCUAACUUUGUUUUUAUUGAUGAUAAUGAUUAUCUUGUUUCGGCCGUUUACAAAGGAGCAGUUAUCCAAUUCAAUCGAACGACACUCAAUAUCAUUCGAUCAGCAACAUUUGGUAAUGAUACUAUGAGUAUUAACUAUCACAAUGGUUUAUAUUAUGUUGCUGAUUGUCCAAGCAGUUGUAAUAUUUACGUUGUAUCUUCAAAAAAUUUAUCAGUAGUAGCUAAUUUUUCAUUAUCAAGCAAUAUAAUUCGUGAAAUAAUUUUUAUACGCAACAGUUCAUUAAUGGUAGUUGCAUCAAAUGGUAAAAAUCAAACACUUUUCCUCAAUGUUCUCUCACUAUCGAAUUAUACAUCAUCAACACCAUCGUAUAUUUCUGUAAAUCGACCUUGCGGAUUAUACGCAGUCAAUGAUUCAUUUAUCUAUAUUGGUUCAUGGUAUUCUACAACUACUUUAACACCAGUAUCAACGUUAACAUAUUCUAAUAAUACAUGGUCUUUGUCUACAUUACCAAAUACAACACCAAAUGGUACUCAAAAAAUCUUUCAAACAACAAUCGAUAGUUGUGGUCGUCUUUGGGUAGCGAUUAAUGGAUAUGGUAUUAAAAUUUAUGAUCCAUGGGGUUAUACAUUACUUUAUAGUUGGCAGGUAACAACAGGUAUGGAUGGUUUUCAUCUGACGGAUAAUUACGAACUUUUUAUUGCUGAUUUUUCCGCAAAUAAAAUUCUUCAUUUCAAUCCGAAUAUUGAUCAAUGUACAUCAUAA